GAGAGAGAGAGAGAGAGAGAGAGAGGAUGAAUAGCUGAGCUAACCGCUCUCUCUCUCAUUCUGAGUGAAGUGCUGAGGCCGGUGGAUUGUACCUCUGUCUGUUUCUCUCUGCUGAUCACAGAAGGCUCUGAGUGUUUCUCUGGUUUGUGACUGCAGUGAAAGGCGGAAUACGUUUCACUCGUCUCUCUCCGGCGCGCGGAGGACGCUUCUCUCUGUCGGCGAUGGAAAUUGAUGUGUGUGACUGAUUGAGGAUAAUAACGAUGGCAGACACAGUGAUACAUCCCCUGCAGAAACCUGAGCUCCCCGUCACUCCCCAAAGGAUACACUGACCUUCACAUAUGCAGCCAGCUUGACAACCUCACACCAGGUAAACUGAAAGGUUGCUCCUCGCUGCCAAGGACAACACGGAAAGAAAUCAGUACAUUGGGGACCUGGCAGAAGCAGAAAAACAAACCUGUUGACGCACUAACAAAUGUUACUGUAUUUGUGAAGUUAGUGCUAACUCCACACUCCGUAAGGACUAAUUACUCGCUGAGGAGAAGGAGGCCAAGAUGAAAGAGCCGCUCUUUGUGGUUUGUCUGUUAGCAGGACUGGCAUUGAAUGGCUCUGUUCAUUCGUCUGAGCGGACUGUGGCAUGCCCCAAGCUGUGCAAGUGUGGAAUCCGACCCUGGUUCUCUCCGUCAUCCCUUUACAUGGAGGCUCCAACCGUGGACUGCAAUGAUCUGGGACUUCUUUCUCUUCCAGAAACAUUACCUUCGGACACCCAGGUGCUACUGUUACAGAGCAACAGCAUUGCCAAGAUUGACAAACCUCUGAAUUACUUGGUUAACUUAACCGAAGUUGACCUCUCUCAAAACAACAUAACUACUCUUAGUGACAUCUAUGUAGGUCACCUUCCUCAGCUCGUGUCCUUGCAUUUGGAGGAAAACUGGAUAAGCAACCUCCAUGAUAACUGUUUUGCACACCUGCCAAACCUUCAGGAGCUCUAUGUCAAUCAUAACCUACUCUCCUUGAUCAGUCCUGGGGCUUUUCAUGGCCUCAGCAACCUCCUGAGGCUCCAUCUCAACUCAAACCAACUAAAGGAGAUCAGGCAAGAGUGGUUUCACGCACUUAGCCAACUAGAGAUUUUGAUGAUAGGGGAAAAUCCAAUUGCCCAAAUACAAGAUAUGAAUUUCCAGCCUCUUAGCAAUCUCCGCAGUCUUGUACUAGCCAGAAUGAACCUUACUGAAAUUCCGGACAAUGCUCUGGUUGGUCUAAAUAAAUUGGAGAGCAUCUCAUUCUAUGACAACAAGUUUGCAAUAGUGCCCCAAGUUGCCCUUAGAAAGGUCCAAAGCCUCAAGUUUUUGGACCUCAAUAAGAAUCCCAUUGAGAGAAUCCGUCGAGGUGAUUUUGUGGACAUGAUUCACAUGAAAGAGUUAGGCAUCAACAGCAUGCCAGAGUUAGUUUCGAUAGAUGGCUUUGCGGUCACCAACCUGCCCGAGCUAACAAAGAUUGAAGCGACCAACAAUCCCAGGCUGUCCUACAUCCAUCCCAAUGCUUUCUAUAAGCUGCCCAGGCUUGAGACACUGAUGCUGAACAGUAAUGCCCUCAGUGCACUUCAUCAUGUUACAGUGGAGUCCUUGCCCAGCCUCCGGGAAGUAAGCUUGCACUCAAAUCCAAUCUACUGUGACUGUGUUGUCCGCUGGAUCAAUAUGAACAAGACCAAGAUCCGCUUCAUGGAGCCCGAGGCCCUGUUAUGCACGGGGCCUCCGGAAUUUGAAGGUCACCAUGUCAGACACGUGCACUUCCGUGAAAUGAUGGACACCUGCCUCCCAGUUAUCUCUCCAGAAAGCCUUCCAGAACACAUCAGCGUGACCAGUGGACGCUCAGUGUCCUUCCACUGCAGGGCGUUUGCAGAACCCGAACCGGAGAUCUACUGGGUGACCCCUUCAGGAGAAAAGAUCCUACCAAGAAUGGCUUCAAGCAAGUAUUUCAUGCAUCCUGAGGGAACCUUUGACAUAUACGACAUUUCGGAGAAAGAGGCAGGCCAGUACACCUGCGUGGCGCACAAUCUCAUAGGGGCAGACAUGAGAUCUGUUUCAGUGGCCGUGAACGGGUACUAUCCAGAACCUUCAAAUACUUCUUUACAUGUACAAAUCGAUGUGAUACGACCACAUUCUCUAAAGAUCUCUUGGGUACCCCCUAAAAGCAGCUUUGUGUCAAAUAUCAUGUGGUCCACUUCCUCUGUCUCAAACCGCCAUUCCUUACGAUUCACAGCACGUGUGCCAUCAGAUGUAAAAGUGUUCAAUCUCACACACUUGCACCCGCUGACACAGUAUGAGGUAUGUGUAGAAAUUACAGACUUGCAAAAAGGCCAUUUAAAGAACUGUAUAAAUGUCAGUACAACAGAGCAAGCUGUUUCAGGGUGUAAAUCGGACAAGAGUGGAGCGGUAAUGGUCAAUGCCAUUGGUCUGCUUUUGAUUGUAUCUGCUGUAACCUGUUCGCUUAUCUACAUGUCUGUGAAGAGUGAUCAUAUGUACAGAAAGUUAAGUGAUCAACCACCAAUAGAAACACCACAUGGUCCUAACUCCUGCCCCUCUCCCAGUCUCACACAGCUGUGCAGGUCUGAAGUGAACGCCACAGCAAUAGACUUAAACACCACCAACUAAGGGACGCAUCUAGGUAAAUAAAAUGGGAUACAAUGGACACAAAACUGUAUGCCUGACUAUCCCACUGUUUUGCCUUUGAGUGAAACUGCUGGAUCCCUACAGAAUGCCGAAUCUGGGAGGCAUUCAGGGGUUGUAGUCCCGGAACAUUUUGUGACAUUGACAUUGUCUCCACUCAACGCCUCCUUUAGUGUAAAUGUCACACAAAGGCAUCAAUAUGGUCCAGAAUGGGCUGCCUGAAGAGAGCUGUUCCUUCAAGCAGGAUCAAGGCACGGAACAUCAAAGGUCGUGGUUCGGAUGCCUGACUGAUCACAUUUAACGCAAAGCCAUAGUGGCUUUUGUUUCUAUUGUGGGCUUGUAGCAAUACUCUCUGUUUGGUUUCAGUGGGAAAGUAAACUAAGUAAUCUUUAUGAUGGACUAUGUUUAUAGAGUAGAUCACAACACUAUACAGAACAUGAUGUAUGACACUUUGUGACAAAAUACAUUUAUAAUGAAAACUA